UUGGCUUGUUCAGCGACUCAGCCACUCAGCCGCUGAGUCUUCCGAGAGGUGAAUGUGAGCGCGUGCGGUUUGGACGGUAACCGACGCGGUGGCCACAGGUGAUGCCCACGCCGAGCUUAUGACUCGCUCAAAAACGAGAAGUUUCUUCGAAGACGGCACGACAUGAGUCUGUCGGCGCCGAGCAGUUCGCUGAAAUGUAACGAUCUGCACGCUUACCUGAAGACCCUGUCGCCGGCGACGCUGGACCAACUCUACACGCACCCAGCAACAUGCCUCGCCGUCUUCCGGGAGUUGCCGAUCAUUUCCCGCCACUACAUCAUGCGGCUCAUGUUCGUCGACCAGCCAGUGCCGCAGGCUGUCGUGUCAUCGUGGAACGAGCAGAAAUACGUCAAGGAGCACUUGGAGUCCCUGGAAGCGCUGACGGCACUGCACAUCUGGGCGGACUCGAGCCUUCCAGGAGGCCUUCCUGGAUGGUCGCUGAGUGGUGUCUUCCGGAAGAACAUCCAGAUCGCCUUGCUUGGAGGUGGCCAGCCGUGGGCAGUGUACAGUACCCUGGAGAAGGACAAGCACGGCCGGGACGCGCAGUUCCUCGACCGGUAUGCCAUGGAGCGGUGGGAGUGUGUGCUGCACUUCAUGGUGGGCUGCCACACCAAGGAAGGCAUCAGUGCGGACGCAGUGCGGAUUCUCCUUCAUGCGGGGCUCAUGAAGUCGGAGGAAGAAGAGGGCAGUGCCCCCCUGAUCACCAUGGAAGGGUUCCAGUUUCUCUUGAUGGACACUGCUUCCCAGGUGUGGCACUUUGUGCUUCAAUACCUGGACACUCUGGAGUCACGGGGACUGAACCUUGUCGAGUGCUUGACGUUCUUGUUCCAACUGAGCUUCCUGACGCUUGGGAAGGACUACAGCACGGAGGGCAUGUCGGAGUCACUGCUGGUCUUCCUGCAGCACCUGCGGGAGUUUGGACUCGUCUACCAGCGGAAGAGGCGUUCCGGGCGGUUCUACCCCACGAGGCUGGCCAUCAACCUGGCCUCGGGUCUGAAGGAGACCAACCUCCGCAGUUACGAGGCGGGCUACAUUGUGGUCGAGACCAACUACAGGGUCUACGCCUACACAGAUUCCCAACUUCAGGUUGCAUUGUUGGCACUGUUCUGUGAGCUAAUGUACAGGUUUCCCAACUUGGUGGUCGGCGUGCUGACGAGAGAGAGUGUGCGGCAAGCGCUGCGAAGUGGCAUCACAUCGAAUCAGAUCAUCAGGUUUCUUCAAAUGCACGCUCAUCCUGAAGCUCAGAAACAGAGCCCCGUGGUGCCCCCGACCAUCAUGGACCAGCUGCGGCUGUGGGAGCUGGAGAGGGACCGCUUCAACUUCCGGGAAGGGGUGCUCUACAGCCAGUUCAUCUCACAGAGCGACUUCCAGCUGCUGCGGAACUACGCCUCGGACCUGGGUGUGCUCAUCUGGGAUAACCCAAGCAAGAGGGUGAUGGUGGUGAACAGGAAUGGGCACGACGAAGUGAAGCGCUUCUGGAAACGUCACCGUCAGGACCACUGACCCCUGCCUCUCAUUGCUGGCAAUAAAGCCCCACUCCCAUCGUCA